GCAGUGUACUGUUAUUGUCAGAACUCAGAACUCGGUACAACUGAAAACCUGAUUUAAGAAUAAAAAGGUUAAUAGUAAAAUAAAAAUAAUUAAAACGUACUACUGUCACUAUUUGAGUCCUACAGAUUUGGUAUAUUUUGUCAUCAAAACGCAAUGGGUAACUGGAAACUGGAAGUAGCUAGGAUGGCUAUGUAUACUUCGUUCCCGGUGGCAUUGUUUUUCUAUUUUAAUCAGCCAACAUAUUUUGAAGAGUGGGUUACAAACACUAAACGGCAAAUACUUCCACCAGAAAAUGUUAAAGACAAAGAAGCUUUUCACCAACUUAUAAGAGACAUGCGGAAAAAGCAAAUGCAAUCCUUGGAUGACUAAGUAAUAUGCAUUCAACUUAUAACAUUAUUUUAGGUAAUUAUUGUACAUAAUGAAUAGUUAUAAACUUAUAUAU